CCGCGCCUCCUCGAGGACCGUCCGGCGCAUCACGUGACGGGUCCGGCGCUGGCGGUUGCUGUCAGCUGAUUCCCCGGCUUGGUGGCAGUGGCAGCGGCAGCCGUGGCGAUGGACUUUCUCCUGGGGAACCCGUUCAGCUCUCCAGUGGGACAGCGCAUCGAGAAAGCUACAGAUGGCUCCCUGCAGAGCGAGAACUGGGCACUCAACAUGGAGAUCUGCGACAUCAUCAAUGAGACCGAGGAAGGUCCCAAAGAUGCCUUCCGAGCAGUGAAGAAGAGAAUCGUGGGGAAUAAGAACUUCCACGAGGUGAUGUUGGCUCUCACGGUCUUGGAAACCUGCGUCAAGAACUGCGGGCACCGCUUCCACGUGCUGGUGGCCAGCCAGGACUUCGUGGAGGGUGUGCUGGUGAGGACCAUCCUGCCCAAGAACAACCCGCCCACCAUCGUGCACGACAAGGUGCUCACCCUCAUCCAGUCCUGGGCUGACGCGUUCCGCAGCUCGCCCGACUUGACAGGUGUGGUCGCUGUCUACGAGGACCUGCGGAGGAAGGGCCUGGAGUUCCCCAUGACCGACCUGGACAUGCUGUCCCCCAUCCACACGCCCCAGAGGACCGUGUUCAACUCAGAGACACCGUCAGGACAGAAUUCUUCUGUGGGCACUGAUGCCAGUCAUCAAGGGGACUCCGGCCAGCACACCACCCCGCUGCCCACCUUGGCCCUACUCCCCAGCGACACACCCAUAAUGCCAACCGCUGAGCAGAUCGGGAAGCUGCGCAGUGAGCUGGAGAUGGUGAGUGGGAACGUGAGGGUGAUGUCGGAGAUGCUGACGGAGCUCGUGCCCACGCAGGCGGAGCCGGCAGACCUGGAGCUGCUACAGGAGCUCAACCGGACGUGCCGGGCCAUGCAGCAGCGGGUCCUGGAGCUCAUCCCCCGCGUCGCCAGUGAGCAGCUGACCGAGGAGCUGCUCACCGUCAACGACGACCUCAACAACGUCUUCCUGCGCCACGAACGGUUUGAACGCUUCCGAACAGGCCAGAACGCCAAGGCCCCAAGCGAGGCCGAGGCGGCCGCUGACCUGAUCGACAUGGGCCCUGACCCUGCAGCCACCAGCAGCCUCUCGUCCCAGCUGGCGGGAAUGAACCUGGGCUCCAGCAGCGUGAGGGCUGGCCUGCAGUCUCUGGAGGCCUCUGGCCGCCUGGAAGAUGAGUUUGACAUGUUUGCGCUGACGCGGGGCAGCUCGCUGGCUGACCAACGCAAAGAGGUAAAAUACGAAGCCCCUCAAGCAACAGAUGGCCUGGCUGGAGCCCUGGAUGCCCGGCAGCAGAGCACCGGAGCGAUCCCCAUCACCCAGGCCUGCCUCAUGGAGGACAUUGAGCAGUGGCUGUCCACGGACGUGGGGAACCAUGCGGAGGAGCCCAAGGGCGUCACCAGUGAAGAAUUUGACAAGUUCCUGGAAGAACGAGCCAAAGUGGCCGACCGUUUGCCCAGCCUCUCCAGCCCCUCAGCCGAGGGGCCCCCGGGUCCCCCGCCUGGCAGUGCCCCUCGAAAGAAGACCCAGGAGAAAGAUGACGACGUGCUGUUUGCCUUAUGAGUGUGGGGUCUGGCACCCUGCAGCCCAAGCCCCCGCUGCUCCCACACCCUGCGGCGGGGACCUGUCUCUCCUUCAGUGUUAAGGCUGCUUUGGGGGUGGCUUGUUACAUAUGCCCUUCUCUCCUCCUUGAGGUUGGGGCCGUGCUGCCUGGCGGUGUGGGGGGCAGCCGGAUGAAUUGGGGGAACAGGUCAGUUGCACUUCGGGACCCUG